AGUGUUUACUUUCGUUUUCCUUAUACAUAGCGCAGCCCGGGAACAGAAACACAGCCAGGCAGAUGUCACGACGCAGCAUGGCUUUGGUACCCCUGUGGUCCUCCCGUGUUUUCUCCGUGGAUGUGGACGGAGGGCCGGUCUACUUUCGACUCCAAAACGAACACCCCGGAAAAGGAGGCAAGGUAGUGAAGCGGUUGUUUGAAACUAGCAUGCUAAAGGACGCCGGGUGUUACUCUAUCCUCGUUUCCAGCGGGGACAAACUCCACAACGCCAGGUUUUACUGGGAACUGAAAGAGAAACUUUUAGGAGGACUUAGUCAAGGGUGUCGUUUAUCUCCAAUGUGCGCGUUCCUGCCCGGCGUCAAGGACUCGCUCAUAAGGGGCUAUUUCGUGAAGGACGCCUCCAUUGCGACGGAGAGACUUUUACGACAGUUUGUGCUGCGUGACGACCCUGCGUUAGUGUGCUCGUACACAGAAGAUGGCCCACUGUGGACUCAGCAUCUGUGGACGCACGCACAGAACCACUACAUGGUGCCCUCAGAACCUCCUGAUUGCCACCCUGCCACCCUCAACAUGGUCAACUCUGAUGUUUUCUACAGUUUCCAGGAGGCCCGUGACGUUUUAAAGAAGUGUGCUGACAUCAUUCCAGAAGCCACAUCUGUACUGGAGCUUCUGCCCAGAGGCGGCGGGGGCUGUGGCAGCGUAGAGGCCAGAAGCGAACCAGAUUUCCCCGUUAUUGUCUUGGAAGGCCUUGAUGCCACAGGUAAAACAACAUUGACAGAGUCUCUCCGGGACGCACUGGGAGCCACUCUUUUGCAAUCCCCUCCUCAGUGCCUCUCCCCCUGGAGGGCCCGCUUUGAUCAAGAGCCCCCCAUCAUACGCAGGGCCUUCUACGCUGUGGGCAACUACAUCACAGCACAGCAAAUAGUCCACCACGCCUCCAAGAAACCCGUCAUUGUUGACAGGUUCUGGCACAGCACAGCCGCUUACGCCAUCGCGACAGCAGUGAGCGGUUCAACAUGUGACCUCCCAACAGAGGGCUCCGAGCUGUACCGCUGGCCCGGUGACCUGCUCCGACCCAGUCUGGUUGUCCUGCUCACGCUGGACCCUGAGGAGAGGAAGAGGAGGCUGAAGGGUAGAGGUCAAGAGAAGACGAAAGAGGAAAAUGAGCUGGAUCGAAACCAACACUUCAGGCUCAGAGUGGAGGAGGCUUACAGGAGGAUCAGCGGUCCAACGUGCAUCAGCGUGGACGCUAGCUCCUCUGCAGAGCAAGUGUUUCAACAAGUGCUGCUUUUAAUUAAGGCCAAAUGCCACUUGUAAACAGCUCUCUUGUCUGUGAUAGGCCUCUGAGCAUUAAGUGAGUGCACUUUCUUUUGUGACCACUGGGUGCCAGUAGAGUUAUGUGAAUAAGAAGCGGUUGGAAAGGAGUGAAAGCAAGAGGGGAUGCUACCAACAAAGGGGGGUCAGAGGAGUCACAGUCCAAUCAGGGAUACAUAUUCAUGCACACAAUUCCUCAGAAGAAAAGUGCAUUUAACUGCUGUUAUGAGUCACAACUAAUUUAGCUCAGCACUGAUUAUUUAAUAUCAGUGUGUAAGAGCAGAGGAAAUCCACAGCAGAAUUAUUAUUAAACAAUGGAGACAUAUUUGUUAACUAAGAAUAUCUCAAAUAAAAGCAAUUAUCGUAACACUAUAGCAGGGGUGUCAAACAUACGAAACAGGUUUUAUCCGGUCCGCGGGAUGAGUUUUCUCCGUAUAAAAAUGAGCAGAAAUUUUUGAAUGAAAGAAACUGCUGUUCUAAAUGUGUCCACUAGAUGUCGCAUUAGCAAUUAUUUGUAUCUUUGUAGAUGAUGCUACAUAUGUAAAAAAAUAAAAUAAACCACAUGAUCUAAAAUGUACACCAGUCGAGGUUAAUGAGCAAACUACAUAAAUAACAUUCUGUAGUUUGAUUUUGAUAUUUUUUUUAUCUUGAUAGAUUGAAAAUUAACACCAAUGAGUUGACUGAUGAACAUUAUCACAUAAUUUAUUCAGAAAGUAUAAAUAAAGACAGAAUACUAUUAACCACAACAUUAUGAUUUAUACGUUUUCAGAAUGUGCUUGUUCUCUUUCUAAACACAAAAAACAAUCUGAAGUUUUCUUUAUUUUUAAGUUAUCGUGACGUGAUUAUACCAGUCCGGCCCGCUUGGGAGUAGAUUUUUCUCCAUGUGGCCCCCGGUCUAAAAUGAGUUUGACACCCCUGCACUAUAGCAUAUCAAAUAUGUGUGCUAUGAAUACAGUGCAUAUAAAAAGUGAACACCUAAUUCAAAUGCCAGCGUCUCCUGAAGUUAUAAAGUCUAAACCUCAACUACAACUCAUUUUUAUUUCAUUUUUUAUAUGUUAAUUACUCAGUAUUUUAAGGUAAAAGACAAAAACCAUGAGACGUUUUAGUGCUUCGAAUCUGUGAACAGAUGUUCUAUUAGGUUUAGGUCUAGUCUCUGGCUGGGACAUUUCAAAACUGUUCAGGCUUUUAUUUUUCAUCGGGUGCAGUCCUUGUAUUGUUAAUUAGGAUGUAAGCUACUAUGUUUGUGUUUAGUCUUGCUUAUGUAAGUGCCAAUGAGCCCUCAUGCGAAUUAAGUGUGUUGCAUUCCACUAAAAGCGAAUCUUUCCUCGA